AUGAAGGGUCCAAUGGCUUCUGUGUAUUCUUUCAACGAACCCGGUGUGAUUCCUCCACAACCACUCGGGCAACCCGCGCCAAGAAGCCCCGCAAAAGACGCGCGAGAAACGCUCAUACCAAAGCAGUGCUGUGAUGAGGUACAUACUGACGCCUCUUUUGCCACCCCACGUGGAAGCGAUGGAGAGGUCUGUCUUCCCAUUCCGUUGAAGGGUGUUGAUCCCUCCUCGUGGGAACGAGUGGCAGCAGGUGCUAGAGCCGAGGCGACCGAGCAGGACUGUCAUCCAAGACAACACGAGAAGGCUUAUUUGAACACGAAUAUCAGAAGCUGCUGCUCGAAAAAAAUGGGUAGCCGUGUUCAUUCAACGGCGUCUUUCCACAGCUCCAUCGAGGGUCAAAUGGCUCACACGUCGCCUCGGCGCCCUGUGCUCUCCGCUUCGAAGAGUGCUUUCAGUGUUACCUUCGCGGAUCCCUCACUCAUCCAGCCAUCUCGGUUAGCUGAACGAUCGACAUCGCCGCGUUGCAGUGAUAAUCGAGUAAAGGAUCAAGAAGAAGCCGCGAUGGCUGUGAAGUGUAUACACCCGCAGCCACCAAAGUUGAGUUGUAGUAGCGGUGAGGUCAGGAGGGAUGGUAAGAUUACGCUUAACGAACCUGAUUCUUGCGGCGCCGUCUGUAACUCCCCACCGACCGCGCACCGACGUGGAUUGCAUCAUCUGAUACUUUGCAAAGAGGCUUUGCGGAGGACCCGUCUCGUGUUCCCGUCCGAAAGCUCCUGCGGGCUAACUGCCCCUGCGCCUGAUCUUUGUGGAAAUCUAGCUCGCAGUCCGAAUCCGCCUAACAUGCAUGAACGGCGAAUGCGGCUUCCGGCUAAGCACCUAUUCACGACGAGCCAAAAAGGUCCUCGCGUCGGCGAGGCGGUGGUUUUAGACGCGAGAGAACCCAACAGGCUACUCAGUGAGGUUGCCAAAUUGUCACCUGCAGCUAACCAAGCGCUUUCCCUUAGCGGCGAUGCGACUCACGAGUACCAAAUAGAUUCUCCGGUGUCGAACAGAUCCGAAAACUUAUAUUUCUCAACUCAUCACGCUACCCAUUCAGUCGGAAAUCAGGAAACGAGCCGCGGCCGUCCUGAAUCUGACUCUUGCAGAGAGGGUGUGGUUAAUUGGGAGCAAGAGGUAGUCAAGAAGGGAAACACGGAACUACAGCAGGACGGUGGAAACCCAGGUGAGCCCAAAGGAUCUUUUUUUCAUUCCACUAUUGUAAAACCCAAUUUACCCUUCAAUUUUGUUUCUCAGUCGAAAGGCAAAGGGGGAAGCGAGGAGGAACGUCUGCGCCUCCUACAAAAGUACCACCACGACAUCGAAGUGAUUAAAAAUGGCGGCCGGGAGGUGGUGAACAACUCUAUGAAAAGUAGCGCUUCUUUAACCAAGUCUCUCUCGCAUUUCCGAAGGUGGUGCAGCUCGUUCCAAGGCUUCCCAUCCACCUCUGUAUCCUUAUCUCCCUCCAUAAGUGCCAGCUUCUCUGUUACGGACUCCGACAUGGGGGAAUGCAGCAAGGGGCACCAGGGCGACGAAUCACUAAAAGAUAACACGAGGAAAAACCGCACUGAGGCAUGGGCUCUGGGAAAAUCUCCCGCAUCUCAUAUGAGGAGCCCUGAGAACACGAAACUACUUUACCCCAUGAUGCGGGAAAAAAAUUCUUUCAUCGCUUUUGAUAUCAAACAAAACCCGAGAUCUGCCUCUUGCAGCAGCACCAGCAGCAGCACGAGCUCUGAUAAGGCCAUAUCCUAUUUAAAGUGCGGCGUCUCUCCGAUAACAAAGUCCGCUGGCAUUAUGCCUAAAUGA